AUGGACGACUUCAAGCCCGAGCUGCUCAAGGCUCUCCUCGACUGGGUCAACACUUUCGACCUCCCCCACAGAAUCACGUCGCUGAGCCAGCUCGAAGACGGCCAGAUACUGUGGCAGAUCCUCGCCGACAUCGACGCCGACUACUUCAACGAGUCCCUCCCAAAUUUCGAAGAGAACCACCGCCGCCAAUCAGACAAUUGGAUACCGCGAUGGCAGAACCUCAAAUAUAUCGAGCGCACAACCUCGACCUACAUACGCGAAGAAUGCGAGCAGCUGCCCGUCCUCACCAAGCGCAUGAUACCAGACCUCAAGGCAGGCGCGAGGGAUGGAUCAACAAUGCUCGUUGCAAAGCUCACCAUGGCUGUGCUACUGGCGGCAUGCUUCUCGCCGCGCAGCAACCAGCGCAUGCUGCAGGUCAUGCCCAAGCUGGGCCAGAAGACGGCCGAGACGAUUGCCGAAGCCAUACAAGAGAUGCAGGCCUUGGACCAACGCAUGUCGGAACUAGGCGUCGAUGCCGAGCUGACCUCAGAGCCAGUUCUCUCAGGGUAUAGAACACCCACACGAGCAAUAUCUGGCCAGCCACCCCCGGCAGGCAACGAGUUGGAGCAGGAGGCACAGCUGUUCGAGGCAAACAAGGACAGGCAAGCACUCAAGGCGCAGGUUGGAAAGCUACUUGAGGAGCUCAAGACUUCACGAGAACGCAUAUCCAAGCUCGAAGAAGAAGUCGCAGAAGCGACUGCCUAUCUCGACGUUCGGGCCGGCCAGGCACAACGCGCCCAAUCCGACGAUGUCGAAAACCUACGCAACGACUUACUGCGUGACAGACAGUACAUCGACCAGCUCGAACAAGACCUCGCGCAUACGAGAGAGAUUAUGGAAAGCCAGAAGCGACGUCUCGAUCGGCUAGAGGGCGAGGAAGGAUCCAAACAAGACUUGCGAGAUCAGCUGCAAGUCGUCAAGGCAGAACGCGACGAGCUGAGCCAGAAGGCCAAGGCAAACGAGAAUCUGAAGAAGAAGAUCGAGUCUCUCACCAAGGAAACCAAACAACUGGAGACGCUGCGUGAAGACUACCAACAAGCCCGUGAGCGAUUAGCUCAGCUUGAAGGCGUCGAGGAGCGUAUCGAUAUCCUGCAGAACAUCAUCAAGGAGAACGGUCAAACGCUUGCCAACGGAGAGCAGGCUAUCUUUGAAGAAAAGGGCAAACGCACCCGAAUCGAGCAUGAGAACCUCCUCCUUAUGAAGCAGUUGGAACAGACUCGCGAACUACAGUACAAAGCAGAAGAUGCCAAACAAGAGCUUGAAGAACGGAUACGAGAACUAGAAUCAUCCAAUCAUGCUGACCGUGGAGGAAGCCUGGAAGACGAGCUUGAACAGGACGAGAACGCGAAUCAGGACACCGACACGAAGCCUACAUCUGAUGGACGAGUGAGCGCAGAUGCGAUUGCUCUACAGCAACGGGUCGAUAUCUUGAAUGUGCGUUUGAAGUCGCUAGAAAGCGAGACACUCAAGCAGAUGCAAGAGAAUCUGGGUCUACGGUCUGAUAUGAUGGCGGAGAAGGAUGAGAACAGCCAGAAACCAUUUCUGGAACAGAACGAAAAGCUACAGACUGCUCAAACCGAGCUGGAAGAACUUCGUCGCCGGUUACGAGAACAAGACCUGCAAAUGGCAGAACUUCGCAACGAACUCAACAGGAAAUCCGACAUCGACGACGAUACGCGCACAGCUGCUGUCCAAAAGGAACACGAGCGCCUACUGGUACUGCAAGAGAGGACCAACGACAGACUACGGGAGCUCGAAGUUGCGAAUGCGGAGAAGCAGGGUCUCUUACGAGCAGCGCUGCUCGAUCGCCAAAACCUACCGCCAGAGCUUCUUGAGCUCAAGAGGGUCGAAACGAUACGGGAGAUGCGUGAACGGAUAGAGUCUGUCAUCAAAGCCCCCGCAGAAGUACAACCGCAAGUGCUAGAUACCACGAGUUCGGAGAUCGCCGAGACUGUGCUAUCCUCCGAAGCAGCUCUGGACAAAGCAAAGAAGGACCUGCAAGACCAACUCACAACUAACAGCACACUUCGCGAGCAACUCGAGCUCGCAAAGAAGGAGACGUCAGAGAAGGGCUCGGUGGAACUCCAACAAGAAGUCGAAAACCUGCGCCGCGAAAACGCCCUGGUCAAGUCCAUGUGGUACGACAUGAACCAGCGCCUCCUCAGCAACACCGUCAUCCUGCAAAGACGCAGCGAAGCACCCAAAGGCUGGCUCGGAAAACAAAGAGCCGCUGUCGGCGGCUCCAGCGUCUUAGGCCGGAGGUAG